UUUCCUUCCGAGAGGAGCUGAGAGAAAAGGCUGCGAGCCGCUGCGGUUUGUCUCCUCAGGCAGCAGCGCGUCACGUGACUGGGUCAGCUGACCUGAGCAGCUGACAGGAGGAAACAUGGCGGCGUUCCAUCUGCUCGGAUCCCUGCCGCUCUCCGACUGCGUGAAGCUGUGCCACAGGCUGGUGGACGGUCUGUGUGGACAGCAGCCUCCUCGGCGGGAGGAUUACAGCAGCAUCUGGACUCUGCAGCAGUGGCUGGAACUGCUCAACUCUCUGACCACCCUGUUCUGUGAAGCAGUGGGACAUAAACUGUCAAAUGAGAAGGUGUUGGCCAGGCUGUGUGACGCAGGCAGCGGUCCUGCUGAAGCAGUGCUGAGCGUGCUGAGAGCCAGACAGGCGGAGAUUCACCGAGCUCUGCAGGACAGAACACACUUCAUCUCCUCCGCCACUCUGCAGGACUUUGACUGGCAGCUUGGGUUGGCUCUGUCCAGUGAUAAGAUUUCCUCGCUGCAUACUCCUCUGCUCAGUCUCAGUCUGGAUGUUCAGGAGAAAGGAGUCCUGCGCUCUGUUGCCAUUGAGAUGAACCAAGAGGAGUUGGCUGCUCUCAUCAGUUCCUUAGAGGCUGCUAAUAAGGUGGUGAUGCAGUUGAAAUGAUGGAAGCAUUGCAGACCAGUCCACAUGAAGAUCACAUUGGGAAAAGUGCCAUCCAUUGGUUUGUUGGAGAGACAGUGACAACUUUUCAAAUGGAAUCUUGACAACUGCUUUCUGUAAUUAAGUCACAUAAAUGAACCAUCAUAUUUUUAUGUUACAUUGCAUAGUGUUUGUGUAAAUAAGUAUUUCUACCACAAUCAUAAUCUUUCUUGUUAUUGAACACUGGAAGACAUUUUUUUCAUCGUCCAGGUGUCUCCAUUAGCUCAGUUCACCCACAGGAACAACAGAGCAGGAUAAAUACAUUUUGAUGUUUACUGGAUUUUACUGGUCUGAUUCACCCAAACACAUCAAAAUAACAUCACAGCACCAACAUUUGGUAUUUUAGACCAGCAAAGACAAGAGCAGUGAAGAUUUCCUCCACAAGGGGGAAACAUUGUGUAGCAAGUUUCCAUGACACAAAAACAAAAUCCCACAUAUAUGAGGGGGGACCCAAAAGAAACCGGACUGUGGUUAUAACUUUUUAUUUUUUCAUUUUCAUAUUUAAAGGGACUUAAGGCAACUUUUCAAA